GUUCACAAAAUGGUUGGGAAUAUGAAAAAUGAAUAGAUUUGCUCCAUCCGGUCCUUUGUUGGAACCUGUGGUCUGGAUCGGAGGCCCUGGAGAAUUCGUUGGAUAAUUAAAACCUCCAUAAGGGCCAGCGUUAAUAUAAUUGGGUGGAGGACGAUAUUGGCCUCCCGGGUACGGUACAGGCGGUCCGCCGGAUGUCCUUAACGGUACAUGUGUAACAUUUGCAUUGUUGCCAUAGGAAUCGGGUGGUGGAGGUCCGUACCCCCAUGCUUGGGGACCAGGUCCCGCACCAUAAAUUUCUUGUGGUCCAUCUAGUGAUGAAUGAGGUACAGAAGUAUCAUCAAAAGAGGAAGAUCGAUCAGGACGAUGUUGAAUUCCCGGUACAAACGGCAUCCCUCCAUGUGCUGGUGAAAUAGAGUACGGUGCAUUCCUAAAUAGUUGCAAACAAGAAAGUUAGAGGAAGACAUGAGGUGGCAUUCCAUAGGCUUGUAAACGUAUUASAACAUAUUUUAUGUGGUCAUUUUUCUUACCGAUUUUCAUUCCAUGCUACAAACUCUUCGUUUCCAUUGUUGCUAUUGAAUGUAGAACUAUUAUUUCCACUGGAUGAUCCACUGGGCCUCCCACUUAAAACUGGAUAUGCCCCUUGAAUGUACAUUCCAUUUGAUGAAGCAUAUCCAGAGGGAACUGGACUCAUACCCGGAUUCAUACUUGUAUCCCCACCUCUUGGUGUAUUUAGGUAGGCUGGAAUAGCGCCGGCAGUCAUACGUGGGAAAAGGGGCGAUGCCGGAGGAAUCCCGCCCAUACUUUGAGUUGGACUACUCGGUGGUUGCAGAGUAUUGUUUCCGGCGUAAGGAUGCAUCCCUUCAUUUGUGAAGGGACUAUUUUGAAAAGCCCCUACGGACUGCGGCUGAAAAAAUGACCCACCAGCAUUGUACGUUGCCCUUCCGUUACCACUAUUUGGGGACGGCGACUCGGGUGUUAUUUGAGGGUUAUUGUUGUAAGACCCAUAAUAGGCAGAUUGCUGUGGAGUUUCGUGGGGAUGAAUUACCUGGGGAUAGCCAUUUGAGGUUCCUGGUGUUGGAUCUCCAUUCUUUGAAUGGACAGGGUCGUUSAUUUUUUCUGGAGGAGUAAUCUCAGCUUUGCUGUGAUCAGGCGUUUUGGAUGAGUCCUCCCUCCCUGAAGAUUCCGCUGGAGCAUCCAUUUUUUAAAUGUCCGAAAAGUUACUAGUGCCUUUCCGUGAGUGAGACAAUCGGGUCGUAUCUCGAAUCGACAGUGUUGGUCGCCACAGAUAUGAGAGUUGCAAAAUGUAUUCAGGAUUUGAUUGAUAUCUUGUCUUUCGAAUCAAAUUGAUGCGUAUCAAUAGCUACGUAACGAGGAUGAACUUGCGUCACGCCCCAAUCAAUACAAUUCAAAUUGCUCGAUGGAAAUGCGAGUGAAAUCCCUAUCAAAUCCUUGCAGUCAACGCUGAAUAAAAUGAUUUAGUGUAUAUUGACGCUCCGAUUACUGGUUCGUCAAUUGCGAGAUUAAGAGGCGAGUGUGAGAGACUUUAGACAGGUUCCACCUUUUCUCUGUCCAAGAAAGGUUGGUAUUCUUCUCUAGUUUUUCAUCAAGGAGAGACAACAAUUAGUAAAGGUUCGCGUAGCAAUAGUAGCGAGAACGUUGUCGUGCACUAACAACGGCACCGGGAUAUCAUUUCUUCCUUCGCGUACUUGCAUAUCCAGACGCGUUGUGACAGAUUGUUGCGAUGCGAUGCAUUUAUUGCUUUCGAUUCUGGGGUUCCCACGGAGUAGUAAUAGGGAGUUAUUACGUACGCUGAAGAUACCAGGCGAAACCGAAACAAUUCAAAAACCACUAUGCCCCCUCGAGUUCAUAUUAAAUGAGUUACAUAAGGGUAUUCUGAAUCGGACAUAUGUGGGACAAAAUCCGUAGAAAGCCGGCAUGACGCUUGAUCGCGAAUCUUUCAAUCAWGCGCAUUUUCGAAAGAAGCUUCGAAAACAAGCUUCGAAAACGAGGAACUUCUUUGGUCGUAUCGUACGGUAUGGAACGAUUAGCACGGUUGUGGAUUCUUACCUGAAAGGCUCUAUUGAGACAGUGACCGACAAAACAGAAGAUCUUUGUGAAGAUGUUGUUAUUGAUUACAGUUGCGAGAGAAUGAUGUAGAUUCCUUCUAAUUUGUGCUUUCAUGGCGUCAAAUCUGUCCUGGGGAAGUUGGAAGAGAAUGAAACGACAACUCGAACGAAAUCUUUGCCGUCCGUGCACGAAGUACUAUUAUCAUUGUUCGCUUCGCGCGUUCCCUGUACAGUUACAAAUCCCAGUGACAAAUUUGACUUUUUAGAACGUUAGAAGAAUAGUGCACGAAAAAUUCGGGAGUUCAAAAUAGAAUAAGAAGUGAUUACUGUACGUACCCCUUUACGCAUACGUAAGCAUAACCAUAUCGUAGGCUGCUACUAACCUUUUGGACCAAUGGUAGAUGCCAGGGAUCUAAAUUAUGACCCCUGGUUAGAUGAUAGGUACCGUACAAGCAUGGCCCUUGGGGGGUAARUACGAGUACCUAUGAACUAAAAACAGUACCGUAAGUACUUACUGAUAUGUAAACUUUUGAUGACCCCUGCUUUGCUCCUACUUUGGGUACGUACCGGUACGAACAGUACAGAAUGUUUGGCAUCACGCCUUUCUUUCUCGACUCGACCAAAUACCAACCACCAAGCCCUCAUACGUAUCGUACGUUCUAUAUCAUCAUACAGUAGUGUAAAUAUCGUUAACGCAAACGGUACGUAGUCCAGUCCAUCCGGAUCCCUGCCUGCGCUGCCUCGGAACGUACUUGUACGCAUUAGCCCCUCAGCCAUCAAAAUAAAAAACAGAAAUCUGAACUGAAAAACUCAAAAUCCUCGCUUACUACGUCGUACAGGUACAUGACAUUCCCAAAAUCGAGUACGUUCGUAACAACUCAUCCAGCAAUACAGAACACUGUAACAGUCGAAACAUCAUCGAACUGUAUAUCGCAGAUCAAAUAAUCACAACAGCAUUGAUUGCUGGGUUCAAGUCUUUGCAAAAGCAUCCACUCCAUUGAUACAUCUCCGUAGUAGUUUUCAAAUUGGAUCAAGAAAGAAUUUCACUGCUUUCAAACAAUGGUGCUGUUACGCAUCAACAGAAACGAUUGUUUUUUUAAGGACCACAUUGCUCUGCUCCUAAUUUUGAGCAUGACAGCARUAAAUGUCAGCCACGGAUUCUCGUCAUCUUCCAUCUCGUCAAUCAGAGGUUUUAGUCAUUCGCUUCUGUUGCAAUCUGUAUGUAGAAGUGAUACAUGGUCUGUAAGAAGGUGGGCGAGAAAAGUUCCUGAAUUUACGGUUGAUGAUGACGACAAUUACGACAGUGGAAGUAGCAAACGUCGUGUGUAUGCGCCUCCUGACUUCACAAUUGAUGACGAUAGUACUGAUUCGGGUUUGGGUGCCAACAAGAACGACAAGAGGAGCCCAAAAAUAAGCGUGGCGAAAAAUCGAUUAGAUGUACAGAAAAGAAGUGCUAAUUCCAAGACGAUACGACGACCUGCGAGACGAAUCAAAAAAGUCAAAGCCUCCGAAGCACCAAGCAUGGUGGGUACCUCAUGGAUGCAAAAGAACGCCCAGUUUUCGAACGAAGAUGCCAAUGUCAGUGUUGAGGAUGAUAAUACUGAAUCUCCGGCACCUCGAAAGUCUUCGAACAAAUUUAAGAGGGAAAUAGGAGAUACAAAAACCUUUCGCCAAGAUUUCCGUCAGACCCGUGUCUUUGUCGAUGGAAUUCCGCCUGGUGUCAGCUGGCAGGAUCUGAAAGAUCACUUUCAGGAAGCAGGAAAUGUCGUCUUCGCAUCGGUUAGUAUUGAUCGAACUACUGGGCAGUCGAAGGGCCACGGGAUCGUUCAAUUUGAAACAACYACCAUGGCACAGAAUGCGAUUCACAUCAUGAGAGACUUUCCGUUAAACGGCAGCUCAUUGUUUGUUCGAGAAGAUGUACAACAAAAUAGUAACCCAGAUGCUAGACUGCGAUCAAACUCCCGGGAAAGUAGAGCAGCCAAUCCACCCACCAAGUGGAGGUGUGCGAACGAAGAUAAUGCAGAGCACAUGUCAGUUGAUGAAUUGCAAGCGAUCGAGACUUUGAUCAAAAAGCGCGAUGAUUCUAGAAAGCGACGGAACUACGUCCUUUCCGAUAGACUGCGCGACGACUUGAAAUCGAACCAUGGAGUAUUUAUUGAUGACCGUCUCAAAAUGUGGUGGACGUCUGUAGAUGGAAAGAAAGUUCCUCAAUCCAUUCAGGACAUCAAGGGAGACGGGAGGUGGAAUUUGAAACCCUGGCGUCAGAUCCCUACGACACCUGAAAACGAUGCUUGCAUCAAUCCUGAUUUUGUGGAGGGGCUUUUGAAGCAGCGAGAUAUUGCUAGACGGGAAAAGGACUUUAAGACGGCUGAUAUGCUUUUAGAGCAGGCCCGAACGUCACCGGACGGUGAUUUUGAAUUGCGAAUUCACGACGAGAGUAGGACAUGGAGAGCUUGGACGGAAACCCGACCGCCCAUGAACCGACCAUACGAGAAACAACGAACUGGAAUGCCUUCGGACCCUGUCGAGGCCAAAAGGACUGCAGCAAGAGAAUGUGCGGCUAUAGUCAAAGAGCAUGCUCCGGAGAAGCUUGAAGAGAUUGUGCAGGUGUUGAAGAGAUAUCCGGGUAGAGAAUUUCAGGUAUUGAAACGGCUUAGACAGCAAUAUUUAACUUAAACGAAUUACAAUCAGUUCAUAACUGAAUCUUUUGUACAGAAUCUCUGCCGGUCUUGUAUUCAAUUCGAUCCAGUUGCCAUCAAAUGCUGGGGAGUGAAGAUAACUUGUAACAGCUUCUAAUUUUAAUUCUACAGGAUUGCGCUAAUUUCUUUUAUACAGCUGGUUCUGUUUCACCCUGCAUCUGCGUGUAAGGUGUCGACUCAGAUGAAACCGGUGCCAAAUACGGAUGGUGGCUGAUAUCAUCAAUGUGUUGAGCAAUACCCUCUUCGUGUUCCUCCCGUGGAUAAAAAGUGCAACACUUGCAAAGCUCAAUAUUAUUUUGGUUUCCUUGAUGCAGUGGUCGAAAACUUACGUUUUGUAGUACAGUGUUGUCGAGUUGACCAACGUUGGGGACGAAAACAUGUGAGGAUGAGUGCUAAAAAAUAUAUCAAAAGAACACAACGAUGGCAUUAAAAACCCACGGUAAAUCGUUCUCCGUACCUGACUUCCCCGAACAUUGGAAUAUUUUUCACACCACUACCUUGCACGCUGGUCCAGCCUUUCGCAUCAAAUCGUAAACGACGCGGAUGGACUUGAGCUUGGCCACCGUAGAGUAGCAACCUACCGAACUCAUUUCUACUGACAACCCACGCUCCCAUCCCCACUAGAACCACGACGAUGGGAGCCAUCGCAACGACAAAAAUUGCUGUUGCAAUAUCCACAUGUCUAUUCAGAGGAAUGAUCUCGCCGAUCACAACGACGAGCACGAUGCUCAAAAGUGCUGCCAGAGAAUAUAGAUUCCCGGCCGUCAAUUGUGACUCAGUUAAUUGGUAGUAUCCCACUUGAUGUCCGUAGACUAUGUAUAUCAAGGACGCCGAUGCAAUGCUCAAAACCAUUACAAUGGGACAGACAAUCAUUCGCCAUUGAAUAUUAUCGUGCUGGUAGUCCAGCUUGAGACACAAUAAGGACAUUGCCACAAAUAUGAGUAUCCAACUAAUGAGCCUCAGAACGUGCUGUGUUCUGCAAAUAAUUCCGUCGAUUAUCCCAACGAAUACCAUUACCCAUAUGGGGAGGAAACAAUACGUCAUAGAAAAUUUCCCAUUUGCCAACCGUAGGUAAAAAAGAAUUUCGAAUAAGAAAAUGCCAAACGAAAUGAGCCCAGUUUUGAGCCCAAAUUUUAGCGAACGUUGCAACAGCGGCAAGUAUUCGGUCCGGUCCAAAUGAUCACUCGAGUCCGGGCGCUGUCGACUUUCGUUGGCCUCUGCAAUGAAUGAAGAUAACGCCUUAGCGGAGGAAAUAUGGCACCAAAAGAGACCCAGGUGCGAUAGCCACGACGGGAGUAGAAUGAACCAAUACGGUAGAUUCGACAGCAAGUUUAUCCACCUCGCCAUUCCAAGCAAUACCGUCAGCGCGAAACCAAUCGAAACAAUCAACUAUUUCAUUUGAGUGCAGAGUUCGAAGAAAGUUAUUGUAUGGUGGAGUCACGGGCACAGAGCGGAAAAAGACAGCGCGCAAAACGGUUCCGAAAAGUGAUGAGCGAAAACAAGGACAAAAGGGGUAUACGGGAAAUUAUUUAUUUGGAAUAAAAGCUUACCCAGGUUCUCGUGAGGGGUUUCAGUACUUGUAAGGCAGACCUUCGAACGCGGUAGAUUUCUUCAGGGAUUUCUAGAAGUGGAGAAGAGUUUCCCACCGAACCCUCCCCAGCGCUCGCUCCGAGUUCGUCCCGUCCGGAUAAACGAUGAGACCGUCGCAAGGAAUGGAGAGAUCGACUGCCCUCUCCCAUCGAGUUUUGAUAGGAAGCCGUCGAGUUUCCUCCAACCGAUCGUGCUCCCUCAUCCCGUAUCUGCGUGUACGAUGAAGUGGGCUGGUUAUUGUUCUGGUUGUUGCUGAUGUUGGCGCUGAAACUUGUGCUAUCGGGUGCGGGAUCAUCCGCGAGACUUCCAUUCAUCGUUGGCGACUGAUUAAUAAUCUCCCCACUGGGACCCCCAAAGCGUUGAUUAAACAACGAUACAGCAA